CUAUGGAUAAAUAAAAAAGUACGUUUUGAAACAUUUAUGUAUUAUCGAUUUUGAGAAGCGCGAUUCGGCCGAUGUUUUGGUAUCGAUGUCACUCCACCUCUAAUCUCUUUAGGAACUUCCACCACUAGUGUUUUUUGUUGAUGGCGCAGUGGCUGCAGUUUUCUAGUUUUUAAGGCGCUCUCAACCACCAUGGACUUCGCCAGCGUGCUCGGAAAGAGCGAGGCGCAUCAGCGCACCGUUAUCCAUCUAGACAUGGACUAUUUCUACGCACAGGUGGAGGAGAUUCGGGAUCCUACGCUACGCGCCAAAGCCCUUGGUAUCCAACAGAAAAAUAUUGUGGUCACCUGCAAUUAUGUUGCCCGAGCCAAAGGUGUCUCCAAACUGAUGCUCAUCGAGGAGGCUCAGCGCUUGUGCCCGGACUUGGUUCUAGUCAACGGUGAAGAUCUAACGCCAUAUCGACAGAUGUCGCAAAAGAUCUUCGACUUGCUGCUGAACUACACACCGUUGGUGGAGAAGCUUGGCUUCGAUGAGAACUUUAUGGAUGUGACGUCUCUGGUGGAACUGCGUCAAGCCCACAACGCUGAGGCGCAGCAGAAACCAGCUGUGGGUCAUGUCUAUCCUGAAGACGGUACUCCUUUGUCAGAUUGUGUUUGUGGCUGUGCGCAGAGACUGGCUAUUGGCUCCCGAAUUGCUCAGGAAAUCAGGGAGGAACUUAAGCUUCGUCUGGGCAUCACUUGCUGUGCUGGGAUCUCUUACAACAAACUCCUAGCGAAGCUCGUCGGCAGCAGCCACAAACCUAAUCAACAAACUGUCCUCGUUUCAACCUACGCCGAACAAUUUAUGCGGGAACUGGGAGAUCUAAAGCGAGUUACGGGAAUAGGUCAGAAAACGCAAUGUUUGCUUCUGGAGGCCGGGAUGUCGACGGUGGAGCAACUACAGCAGUGUGAUAUGGAUGUGAUGCGAAAGAAGUUUGGAUUUGAAACUGCCACUAGGCUAAGAGAUCUAGCCUUUGGUCGGGACACGGGCUUGGUGCGUCCAACUGGGAAGCCAAAGACAAUCGGCAUGGAGGACUCUUGCAAGCCCAUUUCUGUCCGGACCGACGUUGAGGAGAGGUUCCGAAUGCUGCUGAAGCGAUUAGUUGAGCAGGUUUCAGAGGACGGUCGCAUUCCCAUAUCCAUCAAAGUGGUCUUACGCAAGUUCGACUCCCAGAAGAAAAGCAGUCAUCGCGAAACUAAACAAGCCAACAUCCUACCUUCACUCUUUAAAACGUCCGUUUGUCCAGGAGAAACGGGAGUGAGCAAAGUUCAGCUAGCGGACGGAGCACAGGAGAAACUUCUUAAAAUUGUCAUGCGCCUAUUUGAGCGAAUUGUGGAUCUAAGCAAGCCGUUUAAUAUCACCCUGCUCGGACUGGCCUUUUCCAAGUUCCAGGAACGGAAAGUUGGCUCCUCAUCCAUCGCCAAUUUUCUCAUCAAGAAGGCGGAUCUAGAGGUCCAAUCUAUAACAUCGCUGACAAAUACAAGUCUCACGAGUCCCACGGCCGAGAGUCCGACUUCGGAUGAAUGCGCCUUUCGAUCCUCGCCAACGACUUUCAAGCCGAGCGAUCAGUUUCACAGGCGACGAGCCACCACGGCAUCGCCGGUACCGAUGAUGAUGGAUAAUGGAUCGGAAUCGGCGGCCACUAAUUCGGAUUUCAGCGAUUUCUCAGAGACGGAGGUGGAACCAUCCCCGAAAAAGAGUCGCGUUGGCCGAUUACUGGUGUCCAAGCGCAGCCGGUUGGCGGCGGAUGUCGGGGAUAAUGCCGCCGAUGUCGCCUCGCCCAGCAAGCUGCGCGUCUGUGAUCUGCGUUUAAAUUCGCGGGACAGUGAAAAGGACUUUCCCAUGAGCACAACGCCCACAGCUUCCACAUCAGCGGCGGCUCCUCGCUUCCGCACCGUCCAGCCACCGAAUACGCUAAUGCAGCGGAUCGACGGCAGCCUUCGCUUUUUGUCCACGCGCACUACCAGCCGCCUUAGCUCAAACGCCAGCUCUACUGCCUCCUCGCCACUGCCCUCGCCCAUGGACGACUCUGCAAUGAGCGCGCCAAGUACUCCGACAACCACCUUUGCUUCGCCUAUGCCCGCUAUGGUCACCACCAACACCACCACCAGCCUCACAGACAUCGCCUGUCCCAGUGGCGUGGAUGCGGAGGUCUUCAAAGAACUACCCGUCGAGUUGCAAACGGAGCUAAUCGCCUCGUGGCGUACCUCUUUGGUGGCGGCAGUGGAGCAGACCAACGGCAGCGAACGAAGGGGCACUGGUGCCGCGCCAGCUACAGCUACCACCGCCACCGCCAGUGGGGGCCAGAAAAAUACAUUGUACCGUUACUUUCUGCGAAACAAGUGAUGCAGUGCAUCAUCUAUUGGGAGGCAAGACCAUUACAUCACCUAUAGAUCUAAGGCCAAAGUGAAUAAAUCGGUUUAUAUAUCCA